CGGGCGAACAGCCACAUCUGAGGUUGGCAGUACCAACGGAGACAGCCAUGAAGUUCUAGUUCCAGGAGUGCAGGACCCCAGGCCCAGGAAAGGGCCGAGCAGGGCGUGUGUACUUGCCCGCCUGCUGGCCUCUCUCCCACGCGACACCUACAAAGGACCAAUUGCGUUGCAAAUGGAGGCCACAGAAAAGAAAAACCGCCAGGCUUCCCCAACUUGCAAGAGGCUCUGAACCCGAGCCUUCCGGCGCACGUGGGACGCAGACCCUCACCAAAGAGCCAAAACCCAGGCGAGAGCACUCGCAGAUGACGUUGCUCCCAUGGCAGCAUUUGCACCAGCAGGCUGCUCUCAGUGGAAAAUGGUGGAGGCUGCUCCCGCCCCAGGAGGGAAAGACACCACCUCCCGGCUGUGGCACCAGAGGCCUGGAACAGCUGCCAGAGCAGGCGGGAAUCCAGGGACCGAGGAGAGAGUGACUUCCAUUUCUAUCUGGUUCACGUCUGGGGGGGCCCUGGCCGGGCAGCCCCCCCACAUUUCUCCUGCCCCGAAACACGGCUCUAGCCAACCUGCUUCGCUGCUUCACCUGCGACCGACUGUGUGGGGGCUGCACGGCGCCAGCCCCUCCAGCCCGCCAGGGCAUCGUCCUCCAGCCCGUCAUGCCCAGCUGCGACCCGGGCCCGGGCCCUGCCUGCCUCCCCGCCAAGACGUUCCGCAGCUACCUGCCUCGUUGCCACCGCACCUACAGCUGCGUCCACUGCCGUGCGCACCUGGCCAAACACGAUGAGCUUAUUUCCAAGUCUUUCCAAGGGAGCCAUGGCCGAGCCUACCUGUUUAACUCCGUGGUCAACGUGGGCUGUGGACCAGCCGAACAGCGCCUCCUGCUCACGGGGCUCCACUCGGUAGCUGAUAUUUUCUGCGAGAGCUGCAAAACCACGCUGGGCUGGAAAUACGAGCAGGCUUUUGAGACGAGCCAGAAGUACAAGGAGGGGAAGUACAUCAUUGAAAUGUCACACAUGGUGAAGGACAACGGCUGGGACUGAGGGGCUCAGGCAGGCUGUGCCCUUCCUCCGCAUGCCCACCCUCCCCGCACCCGUCCCCGGGCCCUGCCAAGCAGUCCAUACCAGCAUGAGUACUGCCCCACCCCUGGGGGGAACCCAGCUCCCGGCACCUCUCCCCCGCCUCCACCUCAUCACCCCCAGGCCCCUUUGGAACAGGGGUCUGGGGUACCCCAGGGGUGUUCAAGGCUCAGGAGUGGGCAGCAGUCAGGGAGAGCCAAGGGGAUGGUUGCGGGUUCUUCUAGCCCUAAGAUCCUGAAAAUGGAGGUGAGGGCAGGGCGGAGAUCAGGCAGAGGACCAAGGGAGGACCCGUUUCUGCCCCAAACUCUUUUUGAGUGAACGGAGGACAAGUUUUGAGGCAUGGGGCUGGUAGAUCCCAGCCCACAGAAUAGCAGGUGAGAAGGGGCUCGAGUUGGGAGAGAAAUUUUGGUCUCAGACACUGCGACACACUGGAGUCUCUGAGGGUGAAGUUUCCCACCCCUGUUUGUAGGAGAAAGCAUUUGGGGGUGGAAGGAAAGAAAUCCCAGAUCCCAGGCCCUGGGAAAUGAAAGAAUCACAGGGGUUUCCAUUUUACUCCACUUGUUAGUUUAUCUUGGCACUAAAGAGGCACUUUCGAGUACGUGACUUUCGCCACGGGGUGGGGUGGGAGAAGCUGCCGCUGGAACAGCCCCCACCCCCCACUGGCCGUUUCCAGAGCGAGCAGUCCGUACGGGCAUUCUGAGGCCCAGCCACUGCUCCCUGGGACCCAGUCCCUUGGAGGGGAGGUGGGACAUCAGUGCCACGGGGCCAGGCUUCCUCGUGGCUGCCACCAGCGAACGAAACUUUUGUAUGAUACAUAAAGUGUUUGGGUCUAUUUUUAAUAAAAAGGGGAAAAGCAACCGUGAGGCACUCUCUCCUCUUGACUUUGCUUCCCAUGCACAGACCUUAACUUAUACUAUUCUGUCACACUCCCCCAGUACCUGUCCCUUUAGGCCACUAGAGGGCAGCAAUUGCUUUGUCUGUGUCGAGACCCCACUUGAGCCCUCACCAGGGGGAUGGGUCUUCAGGUGAGGUUUGCUUAGUGAAGCGAGGGCUUUUGUGAGCAGUGUUUCCAAAGGGGGCAACCAAAACAGCGCCUCUUCCAGAGCCCUUGACAAUGAAUCAGGUAUUGCCUGGAUCCAGGAUUGGGCACCUGGAAGAGGCUCACCCCUGAACAAGGGUGUUCUUGGGUCCUAUUGCCUUUCAGCCUGGACUUGGAAUGUUUGGGUCAGCUCAUGGCCACACUCGAGGCUGAAAGGAAAAUCGAUCGAGCAAGGCAGCUUGAUCCAAAGUGGAACUGAACAGCUCAAGAUGGCAGCCAUCAGUGCAACCAUGUGACCCACGUGCAUUUUCGGGGCAGUGAUGUGAAAUUCCCAUUGUUGUUGGGUCACUGACAACUGCAGGGAGGACUGUACACAUCAUAAAAAUCACCUUUUGUAAGCUA